CAAAAAGCUCUCAAGUCAAGUAUUGCUAAACCGGGUUCAAUUCACUAAAACCAAUGAAAAUGCAAGCAGUUAUUGCUAUCCUGGUUUUUGCCGGUUUAAUGGCGGUUAAGUCAACGUUAGCAGCACAACAUGUGAUGGGCGGGAGCCAAGGCUGGGAAGAAUCCGUUGACUUCGAUUCUUGGUCGUCCGAUCAAUCUUUCAAAGUCGGCGACCAAUUGGUUUUUAAAUACUCCGGACUACACAGCGUUGUAGAGUUGGGAAGCGAAACGGCAUACAAGAGUUGUGACCUGGGAACAACCGUAAAUUCCUUAAGCUCUGGAAACGACGUCGUUAAGCUGUCUAAGACCGGUACUCGUUAUUUCGCAUGUGGGACCCCAGGGCAUUGUGAACAAGGUAUGAAGGUCAAAGUCAACAUUGUCUCUUCUGAUUCCACCGCCGUUCCCUCGCCGGGUUCGGGUUCAAGCUCUGACUCGGAUUCUAGUUCGGGUCAUGGGUUACGACGUGCUUCCAUUGGAUAUAUGUUGGCUGUUGGAUCGUUGAUCAUGGGCCUUGUUUGGUCUUUCUGAGAAUUUAGGAGAGGAGAAAACAAAUAAAUUUUCGAGCUAUUAAUUCGUAUUUGUUGUAUUUUGGAUCAUUAUGUAUUUCAGAUUUAGAGUCAAUUUUGUCAAAAUAAUCUACUAAUUGGGUAGCAAAAUACCCAAGAGCA